ACUACUCACAAGUUUGCUGAAAAAUCUUCGGCAGCCCUGAGCCACCUUCGCCCUUCUUGGGGCUCAUCAGAAAGGCGCAGUCCCCGAGUUUCCGUCAGUCUUAUGUUCUACUUGAACCCAAAUCGGACUGUUUUCGAGAAAUACACCAAUUUGCAAGUCAAUUCGGUUUUCACAAGAGACUCAACUGGAUCUCUCGUUUAUGAUAUUCUACAACUGAAUGUGCUGCACACAGGCCGCCUCAUGAUUCACUUGUCACGAUACUCGAGAUUUUGCAUCCCCGAGUUUCCGUCAUCCUUAUGUUCUAACCCAACCCAAAUCGGACUGUUUUCGAGAAAUACACUAAUUUGCAAGUCAAUUCGGUUUUCACAAGAGACUCAACUGGAUCUCUCUGAUAUUCUAAUUCAGUUGGCACGAUACUCGAGAUUUUGCAAUGUCACACAGAUGAUUAUCUCUCAAACGAUCGGUGGGUUGUGCAACGGGUUUUUUGGUGGACAACCGUUAAUUGUGUUACUCUCAACUGCACCGCUCGCUCUGUACAUCAAAAGCUUGGGCGACCUGGCAGUAUCCCAGCCCUCGUGUCUCCUUCGUGUGGCACCGCAGCUAGGCACCGGAAGCGUGCUACAGUUGAAUGAUUUUUCAUGCAUCGGUCAGGUCAUUUGCUCCGAGGACAGUUCGUCCAAACGUAUUCGGUCAAGAAUCGUCUACACGAUCUGUGAAUCAUUUGGUCUCAACUUUCCCGCAAUGUACGGAUGUGUCGGUCUGUUCAACAGUUUAUUCCUGUUUGGCUUUUCGGUAACUGGACUUAGCAGCCUGAUGCGGUGGUCCACCAGAUCCACUGAGGAAAUUUUCGCCCUUUUCGUAUCCGUUGCCUUCAUCAUGGGAGCGGUGAAAGACUGUUACAAAACUUUCCAAAAGUAUUACGUUUGUCAACCCCCUACGCAAAUGAUGGAAGCAAACCAAACGAACAAAACACUGAAAAACAUUAUCGGCUUUACAGCAAACAGUGCGGAACAUCUCGAUGAGAACCUCUCCAAAGAGGCCGGUUUUCUUUUGGAGUCGUCGAGCUGUAACAAGGAAGUUGCUCUACUCUACCUCCUGUUAUUACUUGGGACAGUGUGGCUUUCGUUGUAUCUCUACAACUUUACAAAAACACCCUUCCUCACCGCUGGAAAACGGGAAAUCCUGACAGACUUCGCAUUGCCCAUAGCGGUUUUGGUAAUGUCAACAGUUGGAUCAUUGCUGUCUGGGAAUAUCUCAUGCUUUCGACCAAUCAGACCUCGCCUUGAUGCCGGACCGGCUAGCGUCCCGAAUUCU